UAAUGUCAAAAAUGAUUCUUUCACUUUCUACAAUCGAAAAGCAGCUUUUAUUUAACAUAUUUAGAUCUUUUCACACAAAGAUUGGGAAACCUAAUUUGAGCCUGUUAACCUUUUUCUUGGUAAUCCAUAGAAAAGCACAGCUGCACUACUAAAAACAUACUGUUUAUCCAUGAUCACCAAGGCUGGGCAGCCUGCAGCGUUCCAAAGAUCAAAGUUUAAAACAGACGUGCCUGUCCUUCCUAAUUCCUUGUAUUUAAGGACAUGAUACCACCAAAUCUAGACUUGCUGCUGCUAAAAACUUGAGCUGAGCUUCAACCUGUGUUCGUGUGAGAAAGGUUUAUUAAGAAUGCACAGUAAGAAGACUGCAGUCAGGUACUAUGUUGGGAUUGAUGUUGGCUCGGCGAGUGUUCGAGCAGCUUUGGUCGAUGGCUGUGGGACAGUGGUGGCACACGCGGAGCAGCCCAUCCAAAUUUGGGAGCCCCAGCCAGACCACUACGAGCAAUCCUCUGCAGACAUCUGGGCUGCCUGCUGCUCAGUCACAAAGGUGGGCAAAGGCAGAGAAAAUGAAGGAUUUGUGUUGCAGAAGGUUGUCUGUGGAGUGGAUGCUGCCCAGAUUCGAGGGGUUGGGUUUGAUGCUACGUGUUCUCUUGUUGUUCUGGAUAAACAGUUCCAACCUUUGGCAGUCAACUGUGAAGGACAGAACCAUAGGAAUGUUAUUAUGUGGAUGGAUCAUCGUGCAGUGAGUCAAGUCGAGCUCAUCAAUGCAACACAACACAGAGUUCUGAACUAUGUAGGGGGAGCAAUGUCUGUGGAAAUGCAACCACCUAAACUGCUGUGGAUAAAGGAGAACUUGCAGGAAUCCUGGGAGAAGGCAGGCUACUUCUUUGAUCUUCCGGAUUUCUUGUCUUGGAAAGCCACAGGUGUCACUGCAAGGUCCCUCUGUACAGUCGUGUGCAAGUGGACGUACACGCCAGACAAGGGUUGGGAUGACAGCUUCUGGAAAAUGAUUGGUUUGGAAUGUUUGGUGAAGGAUAAGUAUGAAAAAAUAGGAAACCACGUCUUGUCUCCUGGAGAGGCCGUUGGAAAAGGUCUAACGCCAGAAGCUGCCAAAGAUCUGGGUCUCCCCGAAGGGAUUGCAGUGGCAGCAUCUCUCAUUGAUGCACAUGCUGGAGGACUAGGAGUAAUUGGAGCAGAUGUGAAAGGACAUAACCUGCCAUGUGAGAACCAGCCGAUUACAUCCCGAGUUGCAAUGAUCUGUGGAACAUCUUCGUGCCACAUGGGGGUCAGUGAAAAACCCAUUUUUGUUCCUGGUGUUUGGGGACCAUAUUUCUCUGCAAUGGUACCUGGAUUGUGGUUGAAUGAGGGAGGUCAAAGUGCUACAGGAAAGCUGAUCGAUCAUGUGGUCCGAGGCCAUGUCGCCUUCCCGGAAUUACAGUCAAAAGCUGCAGCCAGUGCUCACAGCAUAUAUACAUACUUGAACAGUCACCUGGAUCUGAUUAAGAAAUCUUUGCCUGUGGGUUUCCUCACUGUUGAUUUACAUGUUUGGCCAGAUUUCCAUGGUAACAGAUCUCCCUUAACAGAUCUGACACUAAAGGGCAUGGUUGUUGGACUGACAUUGUCCCGGGGUCUGGAUGAACUUGCCCUUAUCUACCUGGCCACGAUCCAAGCCAUUGCUUUAGGAACAAGACAUAUUUUGGAAAUGAUGCAGGCUGCAGGACAUGAUAUCAACACGCUGUUUCUGUGUGGUGGGCUGAGCAAGAACCCUCUCUUUGUGCAGAUGCAUGCUGACAUUACUGGGAAGCCUGUUGUCCUGUCCAAAGAGGUGGAGUCUGUUUUGGUGGGUGCUGCUAUUCUUGGAGCUUGUGCUUCUGGGGAUUUUGCAUCUAUACAGGAGGCCAUGGCGAAAAUGGGGAAAAUUGGGAGAGUUGUGCAGCCCAACCACGAGCACAAAAGAAGGGGAACCACCAUGUCAUCAGCUGCUCCAAGUAUCCUGCAGAGAGGCCCAGGCUUCACAUCAAAUGGAGAAGACAAGCAUAUGGUGGUUCCAAAGAAGCAAACAGCAACUCUGAGGAAAAAAAUCCACGAGACACCCCAAGGUGAAGAUUCUUCACAAGGCAAGAGUCAGGAACAGCAGCAUGUCACACAGGUAAUCUGCAAACUGAGUAUUCACAUGACAUAGGUUAUUUUGCAUCCUGAUGCUUGCAGUGUUUCAGUUCAAUGUGUCUCUAAGCAUUUUCAGAUUCAGAUCUCUUGAAUGAAGAACCUUUCUGUGCUGUGUGAAUGCCCCUAUGCUGUUCAAUUGUUGUGCAGUAUCCAGAGGAACAUUUCUAAAAGGGAUCCCCACUGCUCCAGACCUUGGAAAAGAAAAUAUUCUGCCUGACAUUGAAUCCUUUUGGGAAUUGGGUCUUAAUGGCUGCACUGGUGUGUGCCCGGAUUGAGAAUUUGGCACCAAGUGUAGACUGUGAGUGCUUGGAAAUGAGGCCUUGAGUCUCACCCGGCUUUGCACAGGAACUGUAGGACUAAGUGAUUGUUCCUCUUCAUUAAUGCUGUUGGGUUGGGUUAAAAAUUAAUGUUCCCCUCCACGGGGUGUAGUUUAGUCGGUAGGUUAAAACAGACUCCACAGUUCUUUCAGGCUCCUUCCCAGGAUGUGACAGGAGAGGAAGGAUGUGCUUUGGUGAUAUCUUACACCCUGUCAGGAACAGGCCUUGCUUGUGCCUUUUACUUUGCAAAGUGGCUGUGCAAAAAUGGAGCCUUUGCUCUUCUACACUGAUAUGUACAGAGAUACACAGACCAACCGAGGGAGGGUUUCCACAGUUUCUUUCCCUGUGGAUAGCACCUUAUUCUUGAAGCUCCCUGGAUUGUUUGAAGCCCUCAGGAAUACAGGUACCCUGUGGACAGAAGCAUUGCUGCUCCAUCAAAGAGUUGUCCAGAGCCAGGGUGGCUUUCAGGGUUGUGAGGGCCAGUUAUCCCAGAUAAACCAGGAGGCACUGCCAAGGAGCAGAUGUACCUCUGGAAAAUCCAGUUGUCACAUCCUUUCCAAUUCUUCUUACCCAGACAACUGCUGAUUUCCAAGUGCAACAUAGAGAGGUUUCAGGAAAGAGGGCAGGAAGAUGAGGCUACACGUGUGGUGACAGCAGUGGGUGACACACACUAAUGUCAGGGCUGGCACCAACAGCAAAAACAGCAAAGCACAAACAGCAUCUGAUCAGAAGCAGCACAGCUUGACUUGCAGCUCCUGGGGCAGCGAGCAGUGUGACAGCUUAGGGGAAACAAAACCUCUCAACAAUUAAACUGAUCAAACCUGACAAGGACCCCAGUGCAAACAGCAGCACAACACUGAGCUGCCACUGGGAUGGAAUUGUUCUGUUGAACUGAACAAUUACCUUUGUUCUUCAAAAUAACCAGCAAGCAGUUUUUUUGUAAGUCUCCAGGAGCCCUCAGUGCAGGGUUUCUGCACCCAGAGUUACUUUGUCUGCUGUCAUUGGAAAGGGGAAUAUGGAAUAAACUGUGCUUGAAAUCCA